GGACGGGUAGUGCUGGGAGGAGAGAGGAUCAGUCAGUGCAGCUUCUGCCAGGAGACAGAACAAAAGCCUUCUCAUCCCAGACAGCAUGGAGCAAGCCGGGGACUUCUCAAUGACAAUCCCCCUGAUAUUCACAGCCCUGGCAGUCAUCCUCGCCACCCUUAUAGUCAAACUCCGCGCUUCCAGGGAGAAGGAGCCAGCCGAGGCUGCUGCCCGAGAAGAGAAGACGGAGACGGCGGCAGAAGAACCCUGCGAGAUGGGAGAGAAAGAGGAUCCUGUAGCUGAGGACGAAGCGGGGGAGAGGACGGAGAGCGACGGGACAAUCCCAGUGGAAGAGGUUGGCGCAGUUGAGGAGUCGCCACAAGCCAAGGAAAAUGAGAUGGAGGUGGAAGAGUGCGCUGCCAAAGAGACUACCCCAUCCAGUCACUCUAGUCAGGAGGAGGAGGAGGAGGACAGUAAGGAAGAAGACUUUGAAACAGAAAGUGAUAAGGUUUUGAAGAUCAGUGAAGCAGAUGAUGCAGAUGACGAGACAUUCACCUUUAAAUACUUUCCAGGAAAACUGCGAGGUAGCGAUUAUGAGAAAAUGCUGACGCAGGAGGAAUUAGAGGAAGAGCAGAGGAUUGAGUUGACCUCUGAUCUCACAUCCCUGUAACACGUACAGUGCCCAUGCACUGUUACAUGUGAGUCGAAGAUGAUAAGAAGUUUUCCUUACAGUCCAGCUAAAGAGAUUUACAGAAAAGAUCAGAUCUGCCCAAUUCACCAAUAUUAUGUCAGCAAUCCAAAAACAGCAACCUUAUCGGGGAAGAUGGGAUCACUAAACACAAUGCAUGGUCUCAUACAGUCCUGUAGAGGAAAGGACAGUGGCUUCUCACCUGUGGGACUGUAAGAUGUAUACAUUGUGGAUGGUGAAAUCACAUUUCCUAUUAUUAUAACUGUAUUUACAGGCACUGUAUAAAGAAGAGCUGCCUUGGCUAAAGGGAAUUUGCAAGACCACCUGGCAUCCAUAACUCAUUUAAAGGGGAAUUAGAUUGUGUCCCUGCUUUAAAAGUGCAAUAUAUAUCGUAAAAACUAUGCAACCAAUGCCUUAUGUUGACAUAUACAUUUCGCUUCAUGCGGCGGAAUAGUGAAUAGAUUGCAGUACCAGCCCCUGUCUUUGAAAGCUUAGAUACAAUUGGAUGGGCUAGCUGGGCUUUGUAAAGUUUAGGACCCUCUAAAGAACAUAACAAGCUAUGACAAGGCCUUGAUCAUCUGCUUCCACGUGUCCUCAUCACCACAUACAUUAUUUUCCUCCACACCUUCAAUCAUUUACACGGCUCUAUACAACCUUUGCGCUAUACAAUGCUGCAUGACUGCAGUGAAUGUUUCUUGUGGGUGCAUACCUGAUCUGAAACUGCCCAUAAAAGAUAGGUCAUUGUUGGCCAAGACAUGAUUUGGCUCGAACGUUACAACUUGAUCCUCCCAUAACUGAAUCCAACAUCUUCAUAUCCUUAUUUUGGGUGACUGAGAGGUGGGAUGGUUGGACUACGGUGGACAUUUGACAGAUAUGUGUCUUCUUCAUGGAAAUGUCUCCAUGAAAACCUCUGUCCAAGAAUAUCAAAUAGUUUCUAUGCAUUUGGUUGUCUACUGUCUAAUGCUGUUCUAACCAACUGUGACCAAACACAUUAGAUUCAUAUUGGCUGAACUUGACAAUUUUGGUGAGACUGGUGGACCAUCUGACAUGUAUAGUGUGUCACAACUUUCCAUCAAUGGCAGAUGCUGGAGAUAGAAGCAUUGGUUUGUUGGAUUCCAACAAUCUCAAUUUGGUGGGACCACUCUAACCAUUCAGAACAUAUGAAUACUUGGUCAAGGAGGGGACAUUGGCAGGGAUAGCUCUUGGCCAAAUGAGCCUUCAGCUGACAGCUACAGUAUAUGAAGUGUAUGGCCAACUUUUUUAAUGACAAUAUGAAUAAAGUAAGUCUUGCUCACAGCAACAAACGAGGUGGCUACAACUAGGGUAUGAUUGAUUGGUUAUAAUCCUACUUUUACGGUUGUCAAGAAGUCCCCAUUAUGUUUCUCCUCAGUGAAGAACAAGCCUUGUGAGUAGUGUUGAGGGAACUUCUGUUUUCAAGUUUGGCGUACUUGGUUCGUGUUUGGGUUAUCUAAGAUUUUCGUUAUGGAUUCUGCUAUCACAGACCAUAACUUAUAGUCCGUGGUAGUGGAAUCCAUAACAGAAUUCUUAGAUAACCCGAAUCCUUGUACGCCAAACUUGAAAACAGAAGUUCAUUCAUCCCUACUGGUGAGGGUUACACCUGUAUAGCUGGUACCAUGAUUGGUGAACCUACAGGUAUUUUACAAUUCAUUCUCUAAAGAUGCUCAUACACCUUCAAUAACUUAUUCAGCCAACAUCUAUUCCACCAGGCUGCCUCAUAUACAUGUGUGCUCAGUCGAGCAUGCGUUAUCAGUGGCAAGAGAUGAGAAAGCCACUGCCAGACAUCUUUGAUGGCAGCUUAUCUCUUGGAUAGAAGGAUCAGAGUUGAAGUUCAACUUGCCUGAUCACUCUUUUCCCCAACAUCAUCUGCUAAAAGAGAGUCAGGAGGCCCCAAGCACAUUAGAUAGUUAGCCGGCCCAGCUGAAAUUGACGAGUUUAGCAGGCCAUAAUCUAAGGAGUAUAGGGACCUUAAGGGCUACUUUCAAAUGCAUGAGACCCCUGUAUUUUCAUCAGUCCAUAUUAUACCGAGAAGCCAAAAUUUUCUGAAGGACAGAUGGCCACCUUUUCAGUGUACAGUAGGUUUUUUGCAAAAGCUAUAUCUGCUAUAAACUGCACAGUUAAUGUGGCUUCACACUGGCAUCCCCUUUUAUAUUAGAUGUGAUAGAAUUCCAGUCAGCCAAAGUUAGAUUGCAAGCUCUGCAGGUUGAGUUGGGAGCUUCUCUAAUUGGGUAGUUUGCUUGGAUUGAGAUACAUCAUGUGUUUCCUUACCAGGGUACAGAGGGAACAACUGGGUGCCAUCUUUGAGAUGAUGGAAAGCAACCGAGAAACCUUUGGAAUGAUGUCAGACGGAGACUUGAAGGAGCAGCUGAAACUAUACAACAUGUAGCGUCCUCUGCUGGUUGAAGCAAUGUAAAACACAUAACAUUUCCUCAGAACGGCUGUAAUAGAGAGUGUUGUGAUGUUUCAGGCGUAUCAUGGUCGUUAGAGUAGAACAGGAUGGUCAUUCAACGAUGUACGAUAUUACAACAAUGCAGUGCCGUUUUCAGAGUCAUUUGGCACUCGAGCAAAUUUCAUGAAUUACAACGUUUCUAUGCACCCUUCAUUUAUGGAUAUGCUGUAUAUGAAGAGCGUGGUCUCUAUAGCCAAGGACUGAGAUCUUUUGGGGACCAAAUUACUAAAUUAAAUAUAUUAAAGGGGUUGUAUGCAAUUAAAACCGCCCCAUGAAGAGUGCUACUCUUGUCCAUAGACUGCGUAAGAUAUUGCAGCUCAUCCCCAUUCAUUGUACGGUAGAUGGACACAGUCCAUGGACAACGUGGAGCAGUUUCUAAACUGUUUUCAUUUUCACAACAUCACGUGAACAUUUUGGGGUAGAUUUAUCAAAAGUGGUGUAAAGGUAAAAUGGCUUAGUUGCCCAUAGAAACCAAUCAGAUUUGACCUUUCAUUUUUCAGAUCUCCUCUGGAAAAUGAAAGGUGAAAUCUGAUUGGUUGCUGUAGGCAACACCAGUUUGCUAAAUGGUCUUCCCCUCCAAAUUACUAUUAUUUACAGCUACCUGGAGAACCCCUCUAAAGCAGCAAUAUACAGUAUACGAGCAUAUACAGCCCACUGCAUGUCUUCUCCCAAUGGAGCCCCCACACAGUGUUUCACUGUCCUAAGCAAUAGCGUUUUGUGCUUUCUCUCACUACUGCUGUGUAAUUACGAUGAUUUUCUGUAUAUAGCCUGAUAUUUGGAAUGAAAUCUAUAUGUAGUUGUCUUAUUUUUCUUUCAGUGAUGUAGGGUUUCUGCUCUGACAGCUUCUGAUCUACACGCAUAGAAGCACAGAAGUCUGAUGGGGUAGAUAUAGGGGGGAGAUUUAUCAAAAGUGGUGUAAAAUGGAUAUUGGCUUAGUUGCCCAUAGCACCCAAUCAGAUUGAUCCUAUCAUUUUCUAAAUGAGCUCUGAAAAAUGAAAGGAGGAAUCUGAUUGGUUGCUGUGGGCAACUAAGCCAGUUUCCCUGAUAAAUCUCUGCUUCAGUCUUUACUAUAUGAAGUGAAUGGAGUAUGUACUUCUCAUCAUAUGGGACUAGGAGAUUUUCCAGGCUGUGAAGACAGCUCAGCGGUUUCUUCUUUAACAUUUCUUAUCAUUUCUAAUAAAAUAUUUUGCAAGCCUUA